GCGCCGACCUGUGGAAAGGGAGGGCGGUGAUUGGGCGGAGGGCAGAGGCCAAUGGGAAUCGCGUUUGCUGGUGGAAGAGAGGAGGUGGCCGUUGAAGACAAGGCCCCGGCAAGAUGGUGCUGGAGAGUACGAUGGUGUGCGUUGACAACAGUGAGUACAUGAGGAAUGGGGAUUUCCUGCCGACCAGACUGCAGGCUCAACAAGAUGCUGUCAACAUCGUCUGUCACUCCAAAACGCGGAGCAACCCAGAGAACAACGUGGGGCUCAUUACACUCGCCAAUAACUGUGAGGUGCUCACCACUCUGACCCCCGACACAGGUCGCAUUCUCUCCAAGCUUCACGCCGUCCAGCCCACAGGCAAAAUCAGCUUUUGCACUGGCAUCCGGGUCGCACAUCUGGCACUUAAACACCGCCAGGGAAAGAACCACAAAACCCGAAUCAUCGUGUUCGUCGGGAGCCCCGUGGAGGAUAAUGAGAAGGACUUGGUGAAACUAGCCAAGAGGCUGAAAAAAGAGAAGGUGAAUGUGGAUAUCGUGAACUUUGGAGAGGAGGAAGCCAACACAGAGAAGCUGACUGCCUUCAUCAAUGCGCUGAAUGGGAAGGACGGAACAGGCUCCCACCUGGUGACGGUUCCCCCCGGACCCAGCCUGGCAGACGCUCUCAUCAGCUCCCCGAUCCUGGCUGGGGAGGGCGGUACCAUGCUGGGGCUCGGGGCCAGUGACUUCGAGUUCGGAGUGGAUCCCAGCGCAGACCCUGAACUGGCCCUGGCUCUCCGAGUGUCGAUGGAGGAGCAGAGACAGCGUCAGGAAGAGGAGGCCAGGCGAGCUGCGGCAGCGUCUGCUGUGGAAGCAGGCGUAGUGACUCCGAUGAAUGACGAGCCAGACGAUGCGCUGCUGAAGAUGUCCAUGAGCCAGCCGGAGACUGUAGGGACUGGGCUGCCUGAUUUCAGCAGCAUGUCUGAAGAAGAGCAGAUAGCCUAUGCCAUGCAGAUGUCACUUCAGGCCGCAGAGUUUGGGAGCUCCGAGGGUCUGUCCGCCAUGGAAACUGGCACGGCCAUGGACACGUCCGAGGCUUCAGCCAAGGAGGAAGACAACUACGAUGUGAUGGAAGACCCGGAGUUCCUGCAGAGCGUCUUGGAGAAUCUGCCUGGCGUUGACCCGAACAACGAGGCCAUUCGGAAUGCCAUGGGCUCCCUACAGUCGCAGACCUCAAAGGAUAACAAGAAGGAGAAUGAGGAGGAGAGGAAGUAGAGCUGGGUUGUCCCAGCUGACCUGAAUGGAGAAUUCUGUCCAUACAGUGAUCUGCAUGUUGCUGCUCCAGACAAACUGGCCUUACAAUAUGACGAAUAUCACAUUCUUUAGCAGUGGUUAUUGGCUGCAAACAGUAAAACAUUGCGCGUGAAAAUCUCUAUCUCUUGACCCUGGUUGGUAGCACGGUGUGCGUUUUUGCUUUGGAAACAACAAUACAUUAAUAAAAUACACAAAGACCUCA